UUAAUGCCUAAAUUUAUUAAAUUAUGAACUUUGUUUUAUUUUUUUCAGUCUUUGUGUCCAUCAUACAAGGCUACUUAUUCUAUAUUUCGACUCCUAAAUAUGAUAUACCUGCCACGUGGAAUCGGAACUACGGUGCAGAAGAUGUCGUAAGAGAAAUCAAUGCGAAGCGAGCUUAUGUUGAAUUCCCCCAAUUGGUAUUUUCAGCAUCGCUUUCCGAAGAAUGCAAGAUUUAUGCAGACUUGUUGUCUGAUAUGAACAUUCCGGCACAGAGAAAUUAUUUCGUGGAAGCGAAAAGAAACUAUAUGUGUGAUCAAAUGGGUUAUAAACUAAAUGAUAAUCUGAACACUACAAUUACUGAAAAUAUUUGCGAAUAUGAUUUUCCAAAGCAUUUUUUCGUCGAAUAUUGGUAUACGUUUGGACGUAAGGCCUAUAUGUGCCCUGUAAAAGAGAAAAAUCCCGAAAUCAAGUCAUUGGCCGAUAAAUAUACUGCAAUGAUGUGGAAGUCUUCACAAUAUAUUGGUGUAGCAAUAGUCCCUAAAAACAAGGCAGAAAAAUACACGAAAAGACUCGUGGUGGUAAGAUUUCACCCACCUGGUAAUCAAUAUGGCGAGUUUGAGCAAAAUGUCCCAUUAGCUACUCAUGGAAAUUGGGCUACAAAAGCUAAUCGACACUUCAUUAUUGAGCUAAUCCUGAUUUGUUUCUGGACUGCCGUAAUAUUUAAUGUACCUUUAUAUGUCUGAGCCACCAUGCAACGGAU